GUGGCUGAAGUUUGAGGAGGACGUGGAGGACGGGGGGGAGCGGUGGAGUAAGCCCUACGUAGCUACGCUGUCCCUACAUAGCCUCUUCGAGCUACGCAGCUGCAUCAUGAACGGCACCGUGAUGCUCGACAUGAGGGCCAGCUCCCUGGAGGAGAUCGCAGACAUGGUUCUGGACCAGCACGAGCUAUCGGGCCCGGUGGGCCAGGACGCCCGGCGGAGGAUCCGCGAGGCGCUGCUCAAACAGCACCACCACCAGAACCACAAGAAGCUCGCCAACCGCAUCCCCAUCGUCCGAUCCUUCGCCGACAUCGGCAAGAAGCAGUCGGAGCCGCACUCCAUGGACAAGAACGGCCAGACGGUGUCUCCUCAGUCCCAGCCGGCCAACACCGAGGGGAAGCAGGACGUCAGCAGAGAAAACAGCGCCGUGGACUUCAGCAAGAUCGACCUGCACUUCAUGAAGAAGAUCCCUCCGGGGGCCGAGGCCUCCAACGUGCUGGUGGGGGAGCUGGAGUUCCUGGAGCGGCCCGUGGUAGCCUUCGUCCGCCUGUCGCCCGCCGUGCUGCUCAACGGGCUGGCCGAGGUCCCCAUCACCACCAGGUUCCUCUUCAUCUUGCUCGGACCUCUGGGGAAAGGUCCUCAGUACCAUGAGAUCGGCCGCUCCAUAGCCACCCUGAUGACCGACGAGAUCUUCCAUGACGUGGCGUACAAGGCCAAGGACAGGAACGACCUGGUGGCGGGCAUCGACGAGUUCCUGGACCAGGUGACGGUGUUACCUCCUGGAGAGUGGGACCCCUCCAUCAGGAUAGAGCCCCCCAAGAACGUCCCCUCUCAGGAGAAGAGGAAGAUUCCUCCUGUCCCUAACGGAGUAACAGAUCUGGGGGAGUCUGAGGAGCACGGAGGUCAUGGAGGACCAGAGCUGCAGCGCACCGGGAGGCUGUUUGGAGGCCUGUUCCUGGACGUGAAGAGGAAAGCUCCUCACUACCUGUCAGACUUCACGGAUGCAGUGAGUCUGCAGUGUCUGGCCUCCUUCCUCUUCCUCUACUGCGCCUGCAUGUCCCCCGUCAUCACCUUCGGAGGGCUGCUGGGGGAGGCCACCGAGGGCAGAGUGAGUGCGAUCGAGUCCCUGUUCGGAGCCUCCAUGACGGGGAUCGCCUACUCCAUCUUUGCAGGUCAGCCUCUCACCAUCCUGGGCAGCACGGGGCCCGUCCUCGUCUUCGAGAAGAUCCUCUUCAAGUUCUGCAAGGACUAUGGUCUGUCCUACCUGUCCCUGCGGGCCUGCAUCGGGCUGUGGACGGCCUUCUUUUGCCUGCUGCUGGUAGCCACUGAUGCUAGCUCCCUCGUCUGCUACAUCACUCGUUUCACGGAGGAAGCCUUCGCUGCUCUCAUCUGCAUCAUCUUCAUCUACGAGGCUCUGGAGAAGCUGGUCCACCUGGGGGUCCACUACCCCAUCAACAAGAACAACAACCUGCAGACCCUCACCACAUACUCGUGUGCGUGUGUGGAGCCCAGUGAUCCCAGUAACGAGACCCUGAAGUACUGGGAGGAGAACAACAUCACCGCCUCACAGGUCAACUGGACCACGCUGGAGGUCACGGAGUGCGAGCAUCUCCAUGGUGCGUUCGAGGGCUCGGCCUGCGGCCCCCACGGCCCCUACAUCCCCGACGUCCUCUUCUGGUGCGUGGUCCUCUUCUUCUCCACCGUCUUCAUGUCGGCUUUCCUCAAAGAGUUCAAGACCAGCAGAUACUUCCCCACCAAGGUGAGAGCGAUCAUCAGUGACUUCGCCGUCUUCAUCACCAUCCUCACCAUGGUGCUGGUGGACUACGCCCUGGGGAUCCCCUCCCCCAAACUACAGGUCCCCAGCAAGUUCAAGCCGACGAGAGACGACCGUGGCUGGCUGAUCAACCCGGUGGGGCCUAACCCCUGGUGGACCACCAUCAUCACCUCCGUCCCUGCUCUGCUCUGCACCAUCCUCAUCUUCAUGGACCAGCAGAUCACCGCCGUCAUCAUCAACAGGAAGGAGCACAAGCUAAAGAAAGGCUGUGGCUAUCACCUGGACCUGUUCGUGGUUGGGGUGAUGCUGGGCGUGUGCUCGGUGAUGGGGUUGCCGUGGUUCGUGGCGGCGACCGUUCUCUCCAUCUCUCACGUCAACAGUCUGAAGUUGGAGUCGGAGUGUUCGGCUCCUGGAGAACAACCAAAGUUUCUGGGGAUCCGAGAACAAAGAUUCACGGGACUCAUGAUCUUCACGCUGAUGGGCUGCUCCGUCUUCAUGACCUCCGUCCUCAAGUUCAUCCCGAUGCCGGUCCUGUACGGAGUCUUCCUCUACAUGGGAGCUUCGUCUCUCAGAGGCAUCCAGUUCUUCGACCGUCUGCGUCUGUUCGGCAUGCCGGCCAAACACCAGCCGGACUUCAUCUACCUGAGACACGUCCCCCUGAGGAAGGUCCACCUCUUCACCAUCGUCCAGCUCAGCUGUCUCGUCCUGCUCUGGGUCAUCAAGACCUCCAAGGCCGCCAUCGUCUUCCCCAUGAUGGUCCUAGCUCUGGUGUUCAUCAGGAAGCUCCUGGACUUGAUGUUCACUAAGAGAGAGCUGAGCUGGCUGGACGACUUGAUGCCGGAGUGGAAGAAGAAGAAGCUGGAGGACGCAGAUGAGGAGGAGGAACACAGCAUCAUAGCAGAAGAAGAAGGAAUCGUCCAGGUUCCUCUGGAGGGACACUACAAGAGCGACCCGGCCACCGUGAACAUCACAGACGAGAUGUCUAAAGGAUCUUUUGGGAACGUUUGGAAGAGUGUAAAUCCUGGAGAGGUCCCCAAGAAGGAACCCAGCGCGAAAAGCUCCCCUUCAUAACCUCCCAGCAGCUGGAGCCCAGAGUGGCGGCGGAGAGAAGCGACACAAGCGGCGGCGGCAUGAGAAGAGCCUGGACAGGGAGACCAGCUUGUGAUGACACGUACUGUCCAACAGAAAAUAUAAAAAAAGAGAAAACUCAACCACUUCGUACUGUUACACUGUGUUUCUGUCUGUGAGUCUGUGUGACGUCGUUUAUUAGAGCAGUAUUAAUUAAUCAUUCAUAAGAGGAUUCAGUGUUUGUGAUACCAGCAGCAGCAGGACGAGACUCGGGCCAAAACUAAAAACCGUUUUAAACACUUUUUAAAAUCCACUUUAUUUGUAUUUUGUAUGUUUUUAUAUUUUUGGAGUUGUCCUUUUAAAAACCUGCCACAGAAACAAAGUAAAGUAGUAAAAACUGAUCCUCUGAACAUCCAGUCAGUUUAUUAAUAAACGUUUUCUAUAUUCUCUAUAUUAAAUGUUUGUGACAGUGACGGCUCAUAUCUCAUAUCUCUCCAUCGAUCUUUAAACAUUAAAGUCUAAAAAAAGCUUUUCUCCAAACCAGUUAGAGGAAAAGUUCUGCAGAUUCUCUCCAGAUGUUUUGACCUGCAGACACCAGAGAAGUUUCUCUUCCAACUCUGAGACUUUAAACUCUAAUAAACUCUAAGAAACUCUGACUUCUUUGGCUAAAAGCUGAUUGAAACCAUUCUCCAGGCUGGCAUUUUUAGCCUGGUUGGGGCCUGUCUAACUCCUGGGAUGUGACAGUGUCUCUGGUAUUUUUAGCCUCGUUGGGGCCUGUCUAACUGCUGGGAUGCGACAGUGUCCCUGGUUGGGGCCUGUCUAACUCCUGGGCUGUGCCAGUGUCCCUGGUCGGGGCCUGUCUAACUCCUGGGCUGUGACUGUGUCAGUAGGUGUCAUCAUGUGAUCUCUCUCCACCACCUCAGUGUUAGCAUCAUAAAACGAGACAGAAAAGCAGCGCGGGAACUUCUAGAGAUGCAAUAAAACCUUUUUUUGUGGGAGGGGCGACAUGUAAUAAACGGUUAACGAUGUAUAAAACAUAGUAUAUUUUAUUCAUGUACUAAUAUUUAAACUAACAUGAAGGCAGGUUCUGUUCUAGAUGUUCUUCUUUUCCCUUCUGUCUAUAAUUGAUGGUUCUUAGUUGAUAGAGAAACUAAAAAGGAGUCAGAAUUAUAUCACUAUCAGAUGUUCUGACCUCCUGACGUGAUUCUGCCUUAAUAACUUUGGUAGAUUUAGAUGUUUUCACUUUCUGUUCAAGUCUUUAACUGUAUAAAUCUGAUUUCUGUUGUUCUAGUGUUUGUUAAUAAUGAGAGA